AUGGUUCGUUCAUUCAUGGAGAUGGACAGCAUUCAGCCUAACCAGGCUCUCCUGGACGCCAGCGAUCCCACAGAGCGUCAUUUUGCUGCCACACACAAGCGCUCGACGGACGGGGCCAUCAAUCGCUUCUUCUCGCUGGAACGCAAAUUUCGUCGGUAUCCAGAAUUGAAGCAGCAGUACGAAGCUUCCCUGGACGACUACUUGCAACGUGCACAUAUGGAACAACUGACCUCGGGUCAGGUUGAGGAGUCCCCAGACACCUGCUUCUAUUUGCCGCACCACGCUGUCAUCAAACUGGACAGUCUGACUACCAAAUGUCGUGUAGUUUUUGAUGGAUCAGGAAAGGACAGCUCUGGAGUAUCGCUCAAUGACAGACUACAUAUUGGUCCACCGAUUCAACGCAAUCUUCUUGGCGUUUGUCUACGCUUCCGGCAGCACCGAUAUGUUUUAUGCGCAGAUGUCGAAAAGAUGUUUCGAGGCAUUAAAAUCUUUAAGCCACACACCAAUUUUCAGCGCAUUGUUUGGCGCCAGACUGAGAAUGAACCUCCGCUUCAUUUUCGCCUGCUGACGGUUACCUACGGAUUGGCACCGUCACCAUUUCUGGCUGUUCGAGUUCUAAAGCAACUUGCCGACGACCAUGGCCAUGAAUACCCUGCAGCAGCUCACGCUCUUUUGCACGAUGCCUAUGUGGACGAUAUCCCUACAGGCGCCAACACAUUCGAGGAGCUUAUGAUUCUCAAGGACGAGCUUAUAGCCCUCUUGGAUAAGGGAAAAUUCAAGCUACGCAAAUGGAGUUCUAAUAGUUGGCGUCUUCUGAAAUCAUUACCAGAGGAAGAUAGAUGUUUUGAACCUAUCCAGCUCCUCAACAAAUCAGCUGCGGAUUCACCUGUCAAAGUUCUUGGUAUCCAAUGGAACCCUGGGAAGGACGUUCUGUAUCUCAACCUAAAGGGAUGCGAUGCGACCAUUUCUCCGACGAAAAGAGAACUCUUGUCUCAGCUAUCAAGAAUUUAUGAUCCGCUUGGACUGGUAGCGCCGGUCACAGUUCUACUCAAGCUAAUCUUUAAAGAAAGCUGGACAAGUGUCCUGCAGUGGGACGACCCCAUUCCUGAAAGUCUACGUACGCGCUGGAGAGCCUUAGUAGAGGAUUUGCCAGCACUUACGCAAUGCCAAGUACCACGGUAUAUUGCGUCACCAUUUCGAGAUGUUCAACUACACGGAUUCGCCGACGCAUCCUCGCACGCCUUCGGUGCGGUAGUUUACGCUCGAGUUGCAGUUGGAUGCAGCUUUCAAGUAACUCUGGUUGCCGCCAAAACACGGGUGGCCCCGAUCAAGCCCGUAUCAAUUCCACGUUUGAAGCUAAACGCUGCCACGAGCUGCUGGACAGAUUCAGAAAUUGUGCUACACUGGCUUUCAGCUCCCCCUCGACGGUGGAACACCUACGUCUGCAACCGAACUUCUGAGAUAUUGAGCGACUUUCCCCGUAGCUGCUGGAACCAUGUUCGCACGGAAGACAAUCCUGCUGAUUGUGCUUCCCGAGGACUUCAUCCGUCAAAGCUUCUGGAGCAUAGACUGUGGUGGAAAGGUCCGUCCUGGCUGGCCUCACCUACCUCCGAGUGGCCACCUUCUACUAGCAAGUUCAGCGUAUCUUCAAGUUUCGAUGUCAACACCGAAGAACGAGCCAUAAAGCCCACGACUCUACAUAACUUUCCUGAUGAAAGUAUACACGAGUUACUCAUCCACAAAUUCUCAACCUGGACGCGUCUUAUAAGGGUAUCUAGCUACUGUCAUCGAUUUAUUCACACUCUUCGAUCUCAUCAUAGGAAUUCGGCACCAUUUCUUACGUCUGAAGAGUUGCUGGACGCACAGCGCCGACUUAUUCGACAUGUGCAACAAAAAUCCUUUGCCAGAGAAUAUGCGCAGCUAGAGAAUCGACGCCAGCUUAACGCUAAAUCGCAUCUUAUCCGGUUUUCUCCGUUUCUGGAUGAUUAUGGAGUAAUGCGAGUCGGUGGGAGAAUCGAGCAAUCUACACUCAACUACAACGCCAAGCACCCGAUUCUGAUACCUAAAGAUACACCACUAGCUGGACUGCUGGUUCGACAUUUUCAUGUCUCCUAUCUGCACACUGGAGUUGAUGCAACGUUCACCAAUCUUUGUCAACAGUACUGGAUUCUGGGAGCCCGCAAUCUCGUCAGAAAGGCAGUCUUCCAAUGCAAGUCCUGUUUUCUUCAACGAAAGGGCACAAGCAACCAGAUCAUGGGAGAGCUACCAAUUCCUCGAGUUCAAGCUAGCCGCUGCUUUCAACACACAGGGCUGGACUACGCUGGACCGAUCGCAAUCAAGGAAUCAAAAGGAAGAACUCCACGCAUCGGAAAGGCAUGGUUUUCUAUUUUCGUGUGCCUCACUACAAAGGCACUUCACAUCGAGAUUGUUAGUGAGCUAACUACACAGGCUUUCAUCGCAGCCUUUCAACGAUUCAUUGCCCGCCGAGCGAAGCCUACUGACCUGUAUUCGGACAACGGAACUACAUUUCAUGGAGGCAAGCAAACUUUGGAUGACAUGAGACGUCUGGCCAUUCAACAAGCCAAAGAUGAGGAACUAGCAGGAUUCUUUGCCAAUGAACAACCGUUCAGGGGGGCCGUGUGUUCCUAUUCAUUGUCAAUGUGUGAGGAUGAGUAG